CCUGUAGAGUAAAAGUGAUCUCUUAACCAUUUUUCUCUUCUUCAUCUACUUUUUAUUGAUAGUAUUUUAGGCUCAUUUCUCUCCGAGUGCCUGUUACUACAUCUGAAUGGUUUACUUUCCUACAGCGCUUUGCACAUGAAUAUAGAUGGGAUUUAUUUAACCGAAAUGUGUUGAAUUUUAUUUAACUUGUUACAGAAGAUCAGAUAUCAUCCUCCUCAGUCAGCCCUCAAAAACCAAAGGCUUAUCGCUUGUGAGCCCCAGCCAUUCGCUAUGGAUGUAUUUAUGAAAGGGCUUUCCAAAGCUAAAGAGGGAGUCGUGGCAGCUGCUGAAAAAACCAAACAGGGUGUGGCGGAAGCAGCAGGAAAGACAAAAGAGGGCGUCCUUUACGUGGGCUCCAAAACAAAAGAAGGCGUUGUACAUGGAGUAACCACAGUGGCUGAAAAAACCAAAGAACAAGUUUCUCACGUGGGUGGAGCAGUAGUUACGGGCAUGACUGCAGUGGCACAUAAGACUGUAGAGGGCGCUGGAAAUAUUGCUGCUGCCACAGGUCUAGUGAAAAAGGAUCAGAUGGGUAAACAGAAUGAAGAGGGAUUUGGCCAAGAGGGAAUUUUGGAACAUAGAGACAAUAUGAACGCAGACGAGACUUAUGAAACACCCCGUCAGGAGGAAUAUCAAGAUUAUGAUUCUGAAGCAUGAAUAUUGCGAGCAAGUGUCAUACUCAUAGAAUAUUCAAUGGAUCAUGAUACAUUCCCAAGUACCAAGGCUUCAGAUUUAAUUUAUAUUUUACUUUAAUUGUAAAUGGAAGUCUUCCAUCAGCAAAACAAAGUAUUUCUAUUAGAUUUCCUUUUCGGGUACAUUCCACUCUAGGAGUCGACAAUGAGUGGCUAGUUUGUGUUAUGGAUGUUGUGGCUUAAAAAAAAUAAAAGAAACAAAACACCUAAGUGUCUAUUAAUGUCCAAUUUCUACUUGUAAUAUUACUUGUUUUUCAGUGGUUUUGUAUUGUUUCUAUUUCUUAUAAUUUUAUAUGUUGCGUAUGUUAUUACUGUUUUCUGUAACACAACUUUGUGAAAUCUGUUUCUAAGUAUCUAAUACUGUAUUUUUGAUUGUACGCAUGAUCUAUGCACCAGCUGUUUUACAAACCCAACAUGUGUUUCAAUGGUUUAUGUUUCUUCAGUGAAGAUGUUGGGCAUUCCUGAAAUAAACUAAUUAAAGGCUAUGUACACCUUUGGGGUCAUUUUAUUUUUGAUUGCAUUUUAUUUAUUUUGGGCUUAAAAUCAUUUGUUCAAUUGGUCUUUAUUAAAAACAUUUAGCAGCUUUGUCAUAAAAAGGUUAACUUCUGCCUAGCUGUGAAAAUCGGACUUUCACUUUGUGCUUGUUGUCUGAUAACCCUUAUCUCUUAAUUACUAAUAGCUCAAAACAGUUUAUAAGGUCAGAUAUCAGAGAUAAGGAGCCAUCAGCUGACCUACCUAGCAGAACACAGUAUAAAUAUAGAGCCUGGUGCUAGAGAAUCUCAAAGCUGUACAGAGAAAGAAGCUCAACAUUUUUAAUAAAGACCGAUUGAAAAAAUUAUUUUAGCUCAAAAUGAGUACAAUGCAGUAAUUUAAAAAUGACCCCCAAAGGUGUUCAUAGCCUUUAAGUUUCCUAUUAGCAAAAAUGUUUUUUUUUGUAAUCAUGCAUUACUGGAAAUGCUAUAUUAUAUAGUAUGUGGGUACAAUCAUUAAUGUUGCUUAACAUACACUUACUAGAUUUGGCUAAACAUUUUUACUGUAUUUGUGUUCUAUAGUUUAAAAGACAAAGCACAGCAAUGAUCAUAUUUAUAUGAAUGAAAUUAUAUCUAUAUUCUAUGAAUGAUUUAUACAGCCUUCUUUUUGAGUCACAGCUAGUGUGGUAUGCCAACUUAUACUGCACCCAAGAGGUAUUUUUAUGUCUCUGUAUAUAGUAUACAGAUUAAUACAGUAUUGAUUAAUUUCCCAACAUGAAGGAAUAGAAAGUAGUGACAGCUUGUUUUUUUUUAUGUGUUUAACGGUCAUCUGUCAGAGGUUUGUACCUAUGAAACUGGCUGACCUAUUGCAUGUACAAUUCG